AUGACAACACCAAGAAAUAUGUAUGUGCAGCAAAUUGAAGCUGUUUUGGAGGAGGGAGACCUAGUAGAGUUCGUUAGAGCCAACGGUGUGUUUACUCACCAUGGAGUUUAUGUAGGUAAUGGCGAAAUAAUACAUCUUGGACUCGAGCGUAAAGACAAUCCAAGAAAUCUUCCGAGUUUGUUAUCAGCACCCGGAAGAUGUGAAGUCAGAAAAGAUAAAUUAACAGAUGUCGCAAAACACUCAGAUGUUAGUGUGAAUAACAGAUAUGACAACACAAUACAACCAUUUACAAAAACAGAAAUUGUGAAAAGGGCAUACAGGCGCCUCGGUGAGAAAGGCUACAAUCCGCUCUUUUAUAACUGCGAACAUUUUGCUACAGAGUGCAGAUACGGGAAACCUCUCAGUAGCCAGAUUGAGAGGUUAGAAGAGGUCGGAAAACUUGUUGUGGACACAGGACUUGAACUUAUAAAGGACAGAGCAUUUCCUGCUGGAAUUAAACAGCUGUUUUAG